GGCUGCGCCCGUGCUCCCGCUGGGGACAAGCGGGUUUCCCGCUCCCCUCAGGGUCGGACGUUGCUGUCUUUGGGGUCAGGAGGGAAUUUGACCCCAUCAGAUGGGUUUUUUGGGGGAGGGGUUGCCUUCCUCUGUAGCAGGCGCGUGGCCCUGACCCGGCCCCUCUGGGCGCACGAGCACCCUCCCCAGAAGCAGCGGGCGGCUGUUGGGUCAGGUUGGGUCUCCCCCUCACCCUAGGGCAGGGUCUGUCUGUGUUGGGUCAGGUUGAUGCCCUGUAGCGGAUGUUUUGGACAGGGGUGAUCCUGCCUCAGGAUCUGGAUGAGCUCUGGAGGCCCCUUCCAGCCCGACAGCUGCACGACGGUGUGAUUUUUACAGUACUGCCUCCCUCGCGCCCUUUGGCAUCGCGUUCACGCUCUUGGCAGCAGACGGGCGCUGCUGGGCGCUGGGCUCGGUCUCUAUUUGACUAAAACGAACUGUUUACAGCUGCAGAAGAUGCAGAAGGAAAAGGCCAACCUGCAGAACCAGCUGACCGACUUGGAGGAGCGCCGGGAAGCAAUGACCUCGCAUUUGAAAAACGUCAGGCAGGAGUUCAACUUCACCCAGUCACUUUACAGAGCCAGGGAGAAUGAAAUUGAAACUGAAAAGCACUUUAAAGCCCUUGCUGAGAGAGAACUUGGACGUCUCAAAAGUGAGAUUCAACGGCUGGAAAAUGAGAUGAUUUCCUUAAGAGAAAAGAAAAAUAAUCAAGAAAAUAACAUAUUCAAAACCACUCAAAAGUUGGAAGUCUUAAGAUGCCAGAUGAACUGGGAUCAUCAAGCUUUAGAGGCUUGGUUAGAGGAAUCAGCUCGUAAAGACAAUGAUGCAGUCACCAUCCAGAAGUAUGCCCAACAAGAUGAUGGGAAAUUAAGGGUGCUGACUCUACAGAUAGAAAAGUUGACCAUGGAAACUAAUCAGAAACGCAAAAAUCUUGAUAACGAGCUUACAGAAACCUUAACUGCUCAGAUUGAGCUAGACAAGAUAGCUGAAGAUUUUCGCAGAGUUCACCACGAGAGGCAAGAACUUAUCAGACAGUGGGAAAGUACGAUAGAGCAGAUGCAGAAAAGAGAUCAAGAGAUAGAUCACUUUGCUUUGUUAUUAGCAGAGACAAGACAGGAUAUCCGAAAGAAAGAAGAUGCGAUUAAAGAGAAGAUCCGUUUUUUGGCAAAUGAGACAGGAAAUAAUAUAGAGUAUGAAAAGAAAAUUGCUGCUACUGAUCGGCAAGCUGCCAAGCUCCGAAUUGAGUACCAAAAUCAGGAUGCUAAUCGAGUUCAGCUCCAGGAUGAGCUGGAUACUUUAAAAACCACAGUGGACAGGACUGCUUCUGAUUUAGAAUCUAUGAGAACACGGGUAACCAACCUGAAAAAAGAAAUUCAGGAAAAAAACAUCAGGCUAAGCCUUCUUAAAGAUCAGAAUAUGAAUCUUUCAAAUAAACUGAAGUUUGUGACUGAGAAGACACUGAGUUUAGAAGAAAAAGCUUUUAGGAUGGAAGAAAUUCUGAAAGAAGAAGAGAGAAAUGUGAAGGAAAAAGAAACUCAAAUGAGCCAGUUGAAAGAACUGCAUUUCAAGAAAACUCAGGAGUUACAGGUACAGCAGGAGAAGGAAAAGUGUCUUAUAGCAGAAAUUGAGGGAAGCCAAGCAUCACUUAAAAACCUCAACAGUCGGUUACGCAAACUUGACGCGGAUGCGUUAAAGCAACAAGAAAUAACUUAUAAUCAGGAUUUUUAUAUUCAGCAAGUGGAGCGACGAUUGUCACGGCUAAAAGGGGAGGUUAACACAGAUGAAAGACAAGUACUAGAAGCAAAAGUUGCUGAACUUAAAAAAACACUAGAAGAAAAGAAAAAUGCAUAUAAUGUUCUACAUGCGCAGCACAAGAAGGUUCAGAGUGACAUUCAUUUUAUGAAGAGGGCAAUGGAUAAGACGGGAGAAGAAAUGAGUGGUGUGAUGGCUAGGAUAGAUGAACUAAACCUGUUCAAUGACAAAUCAGAUAAAGAAUUUAAAAAAGCUAAAGCUGUCAAGCAGGAUUUGAUGGUUGAAGAUAAUCUUCUGAAAUUGGAAUUGAAACGUCUUCGAGAUACACUGUACAAUAAGGCAGAGCAAGUUCUCUCACUGGAAAAACGAAAAUUACAAUUAAACGCAGCCAUGGCUGAAAGAACUGAAGAAAUUAAAGUUCAUAAGGCAAUGCUUGAAUCUCAGUUAAGAUUUGUGGAUCAGGAGCGGCAACAUGUAAGUGCUGAAUUUCAAGAACGUCUAAGUAAAAUUGAUAAACUGAGGCGCAGAUAUGAAAUUCUGACAAUUGUCAUGAUGCCUCCUGAAGGAGAAGAGGAGAAAACUCAGACUUACUAUGUCAUUAAGGCUGCCCAGGAUAAGGAGGACCUUCAACGGGAAGGUGAUGAUUUGGAUGCAAAGAUCCGCAAAGCUGAAAAGGAAGUUGUAGCCCUGGAAAAUACCCUGCGUGUGCUUAAUAACUGCAACAGCAAUUACCGAAACUCUUUUAAAAAAGUCACAGAGACAAGUGAGGAGUAUGAAGAAAAGCUGCAGUUGGAAGAAGAGAAAAGAGCGGCUGAUGAAAAACUCAGAUACAAACGAAGACAGAUCAAGGAGCUUCAGGAGGAUGUUCAGAGUAUGGAAAAUACUUUGGCCAUCAUGCUAAAACAGGAGGCUGCCUACCAAGAAGAGAGAGAGGAGAAACAAGCUUAUGUUUUGCAGCUUAACAAAGUCACAAAUGAGCAGAAGCCAAAAUUAGAAAGGAUCAUGAAACAGUGUUCCAGAUUAUCCAGAGAAGUUCGAUCUUCAAAGAAAACUAAAACAGAAACACAAGAAGAAAAAGACAUUGAUCUCCGUGAACUGAAAGAUUUUAACAGAACCAUUGACAAGUUGUUGGUGGAUGUUCUUGAAGCAAAUCCUGACUUAAUUACACCCUUUGAAGCAUACUUUCAACAGUGUGGUUUAGAACUUCCUACAGCUGCUUCCAGUGGCAGUAGUCACAGUUCUCGAUCAUCCUCUUCUCAGAGUUCAGUGGCCUCUGUCAGAUCAUCCAGGAGCAACAAAGGCUCAGCUUCUGGUCAAGUAUUACCUAAAGUUGUAGAUUUGAGCUUGUCAAUCAGCCCUCCCGCUUCAGCUACUGGUGCUAGUUCACGGCCCUCUAGUGCAGCUAGCAGCUCAAGUAACCUUUCCAGCAGAAAAAAACUGAAAUAAUUUGAAUUGUAUUGUGGAGGGUUCACAUCCCACUAGCAGUGCUUCUAUGUGUGCUUCUACGUUACUUUAAUAAUUAUUUAAUGCUCUCUUCCUUAUUUAUCGAGAUCUUCUAACAUAGAAAUGUUUACUGUAUUAAAAUAUGCUUUUUAAACGUAGUUGCUAGUAAAGAUUCACACUAAACUACCUGAAGCAGUGAAUUGCAAAUUAACAAAUACAACAUUAAAUGAAACUGUGUCUAAUUUGUUGCUGGGUUCAUGCUGUAGAAACUACAUGGCUUUGGGGAAUCCGCUUCAGCAAUCCAGAUUCUUAUGACAAAAGGGGCAGUCUCUCUGCAUAUCAGUAACCAGUUUUCCUAGUCCUUCUUAAAAACUGACCGUUAAUGUUACAGUCCUUUUGUACUGAGCAAAAUACUGAUUCAUAGUCAUAAAGAAUGCCAUCUCCAAAUAGAUGUGAUCUUCACUUCAGAACAUUACAAUUUGACUUGAUUUCUCCAUACUGCAAAAUUGGGAACAGGGGGAGUAUAAGUUUGUAAACAAAGCCAGCUUUCCAUUUCCACUAUUUUAAUCUAUAUUUAUACCAAAGCCACAUGUCAGGUAACACUUUAUAGUGAGUGGCACAUUCACAUUUGCUUUGCUUCAAAAACAGUUUGAAACAGGCUACCAAUCUUUCACACUGCAGACUACAUCUCAACAGAAAAGGGCCGUCUUGUAGGCUGCUUCUCAUCCCCAUUCAGGACCACACAGUAUAUCCUUAUGGCAACUACAACGUAUCUUAAGAAAGUAUAGACAACCAGCUGUAAACAAGGACAAAUAGCACCCUAUGAUCACCCAGAUCAUCAAGUCCAGGUCACCAAGUGCUCUGCCAACCAGAGUUUAAAACCUUAUGAUGCAAGAAACUGUGGCCCAUUCACAGCAGCACUCGUCCUAUAUAACUGUUUUCCUAAAACUACAGUCAAAAACCAUUUCUGAUGAUACAUUUGGGGUAUCAGGACUAAAGUAGGGUGCACACACCUCUGCCUCACUUUCCUCACCUGUAAAAUGAGUACAGCACCAUCUUGCUGCUUAGGGGCAGUGGAAGAGCAAA